UUGUCUACCUUGACUGGCCGGCAGGAGAGGGGGGGGCCAAAAAAAAAAGCGACAUGCCGCGCGGACGCCUGGCGAGUCACUUUUGAGUCACUAUUGUCUUUCGGUUUCCAUUUUGGAGGAUUCCUCCCUCCAUCCAGGCGAUGACAACGGUCCCGGCAACCCCGCAGCAGAUGAGGGACCGGCUGCUGCAGGCCAUCGACAGUCAGAGCAAUAUAUGCAAUAUGGUGGUUGUACUGGAGGUGAUUACCUGUCUGGAGAAGUAUCCUAUCACCAAAGAAGCACUUGAGGAAACCCGACUUGGAAAGCUGAUCAACGAUGUACGAAAGAAGACCAAGGACGAAGACCUGGCCAAGCGUGCCAAGAAGCUCUUGCGAAACUGGCAAAAGCUGAUCGAACCCGGGCCUGCGGUGUCUGCGAGUGCUCCCGGCUCCACCAAUGGCAGCUCCCAUCCCUGCAGAACGGACGCCUCGCCACCCGACAUCUCGUUACCAGCGAAGGGGGUCCCCGAAGUGAAAGUCAGGAAUGAUGUUCACAACACUUAUUCGCCAAAGGCUGAAAAAUCAAGCAGCCGCAAGCGCCGAGCGGAGCACAGAGACAGUGGGGUGCACUUACCGGAGAAAAUUUCCAAGCUGUCUUCGUAUGACAAUUCUGUUUCACCGCCCCCCACGAACGGGAUCGCAGGCAGCCCUGACACACUGCUCGAGCAGGACGUGGUCCCCUCCCCGGACCGAUCCCGGCUCGAGCACCUUGACAAUGAUAAAAUCAACAGAAUUCCGGUAAAUGCUGUCAAGCCUCGGCCCAGCUCCCCGGGAGUGGCCAAACUACCUAGCACUUCAUCUUUAAUCAAGGUUGCUGUCAUGCAGCAGAAGGCAAGGAUGGAUGAUAGUGGUGGAGGGGGGCAUUACCAAGCCAGAAGCCCCCGUGGUCUUUCUACCAGUCCAAGGAGCACAAAAGAUGCCACGACCAAGCGCUCUGCGGCGUAUGCACAAAAGUUAACAUCUGUCCCCAGCCCUUCGCCCAGGGAUCCCUUGCCUUUGUCCCAGCCCGUGUCCUCCCCAGCCCACUCUUCUUAUAGGUCUUCAACGCACUGGGCCACCUCGCCAGAAGUCCCUUCUCAUUGCUCCUCGCAAGACUUAUCCAUGUCACUGGAAUCCCCCUCAGUCUCCCGCUCACCCUCGCGCCCCCAACACAACUCAGAACUACACCGGCCAAAGUCCGAAGGAGCUGUGACUGUCCCCGACGGCACGGACGGCUUGCUGACUUCAGCCUCGGAGUAUAAAAGGAAGAAGUACCGCUCUAGGGACUAUUCUGUCAAUUUAGACGGACAGAAAGUAGAAGACACAACUAAGCCAGUGCGGUUAAAAGAACGUAGGCUAACGUUCGACCCGGUCACGGGUCAGAUCAAACCCAUAGUCCAUAAAGAACCUUCUCAAACCGAGGAACCCCCCACUCCCGAGCCCCCCGUUGAGUCCAGGCAGAGAACUGAAAGCACUGUACCACAGGCCCCAGCGCCAGCCCCAGGCCCGGGCCCCAACCCUUUCCACCAAACAAACUGGAAAGAGCUGUCCAGAAACGAAAUCAUCCAGUCCUACUUGAACCUUCAGAGCAACGUGCUUACAUCGUCCGGGGUCCAGGCCCCGAGCGCACACUUUUUCAUGUCCGAGUACCUGAAGCGGGACGACCAGGGCGUAAAAGAGCCCAGGAAAAUGCACGUUUUGCAGGCGGACAGCCCGGCGGGAGAUUUAGCGGGCGUGACUCGGGACGUAAGCGCGGAGGACCUGGACAGGGUACAAAGCCGGCAUUGGCCUGGGGUCAAUGGGUGUUUGGACACCAAGGGCACCUGGUAUGACUGGACAGAGUGCAUAUCGUUGGACCCUCAUGGGGACGAAAGCAAACUGAACAUCCUGCCGUACGUUUGCCUAGACUAAGGGGUCCUUUUUCCACUCCUGACGAGAUCAUUUGUGAUUUUGUUUGUCCACUGUGAGUUGGGCAGAAGCCAGGCCUGCUAAACUCUCCUGCCCCUCCCGUGCCUCCUCUUCUUUCUGUGAUUGAGAGAUUUUGGUAUAAAAAAAGAUGACAAAUUAAAAAUAAUAUUUGUGUUUGUGAUAUCAAGGGCUGCUUUCCUUUUUUUUUUUUUUUUUUUUUUCCUCCCAAGCUGAAAGCCACGUGGAAGGAUCAGGCCCAAGUUGCAGAUAGCUGCUACUCGCUCAGAAGACAAAGAAAGGAGGGCAGAAUUAUCCCCGCCUGCAGGAAAACAUGGCACCAAAUUUCCGCCCGACCGGGAAAAUACUGCCCUCCCGUUUUUUUUUGUACCUUUUUUGGUUUCUACAAUGUAGGGUGACAAUGAGGGUGGGCUGUCCUGUGCCAGGCCGGCACGUUUGAAGAUGAACACAUCUCCGCUGUGAGGAGCAUAACUGGCGGUUAUGAGAAGCUUUAUGUGAAUUAUAAAAGUAAAUUAUACUUUUUUUUUUUUUUUUUGUCAUGUACACGGCUAUUUAUUUGGACCAGUACAUCUGCUGUACUUCCAUCACCUGUCGCUCAGAAACAUCUGCGUUUCCUGUGUUGCGUCACAGUGUUGUUCGUCUGAUCUUCAAGCUCAUGAUUGUUCUUUUGUUUGCCGUCUCUAGAUAGGCCACUUCAUGCUGUCUCAACAUUCCACAGUCCUUCUGCCUUAUUGCCCUCGCUCACCGAAAAAACUGGCUUAACAUUUAAAUUCCGAGGGUUUAUUCAACAUCGGAAGAACUUUUGCUAGCGUUAAUGGUUCCAAAACUUUGAAACGCAUACAUAACUCAGUAAGUUUUAUUUUGUUAUGCUAAGAAAUAGUUCCAUGUAAUUCAUGUUAAUAAAUUCCGAGGGUUUAUUCAACAUUGGAAGAACUUUUGUUAGCGUUAAUGCUUCCAAAACUUUGAAACACAUAGCAUAACAAAAUAAAAGAUAGACAGUUAUGUAAAAUGUAGUAUCCACGUAUUUCAUAUGAAUAAAUUCAGAGGGUUUAUUCAACAUUGGAAGACCUUUUGCUAGCGUUAAUGGUUCCAAAACUUUGAAACACAUAGCAUAACUCGGUACAUUUUAUUUUGUUAUGCUAAGAAAUAGUUCCACGUAUUUCAUAUUAAUAAAUUCCGAGGGUUUAUUCAACAUCAGAAGACCUUUUCCUAGCAUUAAUGAUUCCAAAACUUUAAAACGCAUAGCAUAACAAAACAAAAGGUAGAGAGUUAUGUAAGAAGUAGUUUCCACGUAUUUCAUAUUAAUAAAUAAAAAUAGGGUUUAUUCAACAUCAGAAGAACUUUUGCGAGCGUUAUUGUUUCCAAAACUUUGAAACACACAGCAUAACAAAAGAAAAGGUAGAGUUAUGUAAGAAGUAGUUUCCACGUAUUUCAUAUUAAUAAAUUCAGAGGGUUUAUUCAACAUCGGAAUAACUUGUGCGAGCGUUAAUGGUUCCAAAACUUUGAAACACGCACAUAACUCUACUUUUUAUUUUGUUAUGCUAAAAAGUAGUAUCCACGUAUUUCAUAUUAAUAAAUUCAGACGGUUUAUUCAACAUAACAUUUCCUAGCGUUAAUGGUUGCAAAACUUUAAAUCAUGUACAUGACUCGGUACCUUUUAUUUUUUUAUGCUAAGAAGUAGUAUCCACGUAAUUCAAAUUGAUAAUUUCAGAGGGUUUAUUCAACAUCGGAAGACCUUUUGCUAGCGUUAAUAGUUCCAAAACUUUGAAACACAUAGCAUUACUCGGUACGUUUUAUUUUGUUAUGCUAAGAAAUAGUUGCACGUGUUUCAUAUGAAUAAAUUCCGAGGGUUUAUUCAACAUUGGAAGACCUUUUGCUAGCGUUAAUGGUUGCAAAACUUUGAAAAACAGCAUAACAAAACAAAAGGUAGAGAGUUAUGUAAGAAGUAGUAUCCACAUAUUUCAUAUUAAUAAAUUCCGAGGGUUUAUUCAACAUCGGAAGAACUUUUGCUAGCGUUGAUGGUUCCAAAACUUUGAAACACGUACAUAACUCGGUAUAUUUUAUUUUGUUAUGCUAAGAAAUAGUUCCACGUAUUUCAUAUUAAUGAAUUCAGAGGGUUUAUUCAACAUUGUAAGACCUUUUGCGAACGUUAAUGGUUGCAAAACUUUGAAACACAUAGCAUAACAAAACAAAAGGUAGUAUCCGCGUAUUUCAUAUUAAUAAAUUCAGACCGUUUAUUCAACGUCGGAAGACCUUUUGCUAGCGUUAAUGGUUCCAAAACUUUGAAACACAUACAUAACUCGGUACAUUUUAUUUUGUUAUGCUAAGAAAUGGUUCCACGUAUUUCAUAAUAAAUUCAGAGGGUUUAUUCAACAUUGGAAGACCUUUUGCUAGCGUUAAUGGUUCCAAAACUUUAAAACACAUAGCAUAACAAAAUAAAAGGUACAGAGUUAUGUAAAAAGUAGUAUCCACGUAUUUCAUAUUAAUAAAUUCAAAGGGUUUAUUUAACAUUGGAAUAACUUUAGCUAGCGUUAAUGGUUGCAAAACUUUAAAACACGUACAUGACUCUGGACCUUUUAUUUUGUUAUGCUAAGAAGUAGUAUCCACGUAAUUCAUAUUAAUAAAUUCAAAGGGUUUAUUCAACAUCGGGAGAACCUUUGCGAGCGUUAUUGGUUCCAAAAUUUUGAAACACAUAGCAUAACAAAAUGAAAGGUACAGAGUUAUGUAAGAUGUAGUAUCCACGUAUUUCAUAUUAAUAAAUUCAGAGGGUUUAUUCAACUACGGAAGACCUUUUGCUAGCGUUAAUGGUUCCAAAACUUUGAAACACAUACAUAACUCGGUACAUUUUAUUUUGUUAUGCUAAGAAAUAGUUCCACGUAUUUCAUUUUAAUAAAUUCCGAGGGUUUAUUCAACAUCGGAAGACCUUUUCCUAGCAUUAAUGGUUCCAAAACUUUAAAACGCAUAGCAUAACAAAACAAAAGAUACAGAGUUAUGUAAGAAGUAGUUUCCACGUAUUUCAUAUUAAUAAAUAAAAAUAGGGUUUAUUCAACAACGGAAUAACUUUUGCGAGCGUUAAUGGUUCCAAAACUUUGAAACACGCACAUAACUCUGUACUUUUCAUUUUGUUAUGCUAAAAAGUAGUAUCCACGUAUUUCAUAAUAAAUUCAGAGGGUUUAUUCAACAUCGGAAGAACUUUUGCUGGCGUUAAUGUUUGCAAAACUUUAAAACACAUACAUGACUCUGUACCUUUUAUUUUGUUAUGCUAAGAAGUAGUAUCCACGUAUUUCAUAUUAUUAAAUUCAGAGGGUUUAUUCAACAUCGGAAGACCUUUUGUUAGCGUUAAUGUUUCCAAAACUUUGAAACACAUAGCAUAACAAAAUAAAAGGUAGAGAGUUAUGUAAGAAGUAGUAUCCACGUAUUUCAUAUUAAUAAAUUCAGAGGGUUUAUUCAACAUUGGAAUAACUUUGGCGAGCGUUAAUGGUUCCAAAACUUUGAAACACGCACAUAACUCAGUACUUUUUAUUUUGUUAUGCUAAAAAGUAGUAUCCACGUAUUUCAUAUUAAUAAAUUCAGAGGGUUUAUUCAACAUCGGAAUAACUUUGGCUAGCGUUAAUGGUUGCAAAACUUUAAAACACGUACAAGACUCGGUACCUUUUAUUUUGUUAUGCUAAGAAGUAGUAUCCACGUAAUUCAAAUUAAUAAUUUCAGAGGGUUUAUUCAACACCGGAAGACCUUUUGCUAGCGUUAAUGGUUCCAAAACUUUAAAACACAUAGCAUAACAAAAUAAAAGGUACAGAGUUAUGUAAAAAGUAGUAUCCACGUAUUUCAUAUGAAUAAAUUCAGAGGGUUUAUUCAACAUCGGAAUAACUUUUGCUAGCGUUAAUGGUUGCAAAACUUUAAAACAUGUACAUGACUCGGUACCUUUUAUUUUGUUAUGCUAAGAAGUAGUAUCCACGUAAUUCAAAUUAAUAAUUUCAGAGGGUUUAUUCAACAUCGGAAGACCUUUUGCUAGCGUUAAUGGUUCCAAAACUUUGAAACACAUAGCAUAACUCGGUACAUUUUAUUUUGUUAUGCUAAGAAAUAGUUCCACGUAUUUCAUAUUAAUAAAUUCCGAGGUUUUAUUCAACAUCGGAAGACCUUUUGCUAGCGUUAAUGUUUCCAAAACUUUGAAACACAUAGCAUGACAAAAUAAAAGGUUAGAGAGUUAUGUAAGAAGUAGUAUCCACGUAUUUCAUAUUAAUAAAUUCAGAGGGUUUAUUCAACAUUGGAAGACCUUUUGCAAACGUUAAUAGUUGCAAAAACGUUAAACACGUAUAUAACUCGGUACCUUUUAUUUUGUUAUGCUAAGUAGUAUCCACGUAAUUCAUAAUAAAUUCAGAGGCUUUAUUCAACGUUGGAAUAACUUUUGCUAGCGUUAAUAAUGGUUGCAAAACUUUAAAACACGUACAUGACUCUGUACCUUUUAUUUUGUUAUGCUAAGAAGUAGUAUCCACGUAAUUCAUAUUAAUAAAUUCAGAGGGUUUAUUUAACAUCGGAAGAACCUUUGCGAGCAUUAGUGGUUCCAAAACUUUGAAACACAGCAUAACAAAACAAAAGGUAGAGAGUUAUGUAAGUAGUAGUAUGCAUGUAUUUCAUAUUAAUCAAUUCAGAAGGUUUAUUCAACAUCAGAAGAACUUUUGCUAGCGUUGAUGGUUCCAAAACUUUAAAACACGUAGCAUAACUCAGUACAUUUUAUUUUGUUAUGCUAAGAAAUAGUUCCACGUAUUUCAUAUUAAUAAAUUCCGAGGGUUUAUUCAACAUUGGAAGACCUUUUGUUAGCGUUAAUGGUUGCAAAACUUUGAAACACAGCAUAACAAAAUAAAAGAUAGUUAUGUAAGAAGUGGUUUCCACGUAUUUCAUAUUAAUAAAUUCAGAGGGUUUAUUCAACAUCGGAAGAACUUUUGCUAGAAUUAAUGGUUGCAAAAAUUUGAAACACGUACAUAACUCAGUACCUUUUAUAUUGUUAUGCUAAGAAGUAGUAUCCACGUAAUUUAAAUGACAAAUUUCAGAGGGUUUAUUCAACAUCGGAAGACCUUUUGCGAACGUUAAUGGUUCCAAAACUUUGAAACACAUACACAUACUAAGAAAAUAGUUCCACGUAUUUCAUAUUAAUAAAUUCCGAGGGUUUAUUCAACAUUGGAAGACCUUGUGUUAAUGGUUCCAAAACUUUAAAACACAGCAUAACAAAAGGUAGUAUCCACGUAUUUCAUAUUAACAAAUUCAGACGGUUUAUUCAACAUUGGAUAACUUUUGCUAGAGUUAAUGGUUGCAAAACUUUAAAAUACGUACAUGACUGUAGCUUUUAUUUUGUUACGCUAAGAAGUAGUAUCUACGUAAUUCAUAUUAAUACAUUCAGAGGGUUUAUUCAACAUUGGAAGACCUUUUGCUAGCGUUAACGGUUCCAAAACUUUGAAACGCAUAGCAUAACAAAAUAAAAGUUAGAGAGUUAUGUAAGAAGUGGUAUCCACGUAUUUCAUAUUAAAAAAUUCAGAGGGUUUAUUCAACAUCGGAAGAACUUUUGCUAGCGUUAAUGGUUCCAAAACUUUGAAACAUACAUAACUCGGUACAUUUUAUUUUGAUAUGCUAAGAAAUAGUUCCAUGUAUUUCAUAUGAAUAAAUUCCGAGGGUUUAUUCAACAUUGGAACAACGUUUUUGUUAACGGUUCCAAAACUUUGAAACGCAUAGCAUAACAAAACAAAAGGUACAGAGUUAUGUAAGAUGUAGUAUCCACGUAUUGCAUAUUAUUAAAUUCAGAGGGUUUAUUCAACAUCGGAAGAACUUUUGCUAGCGUUAGUGGUUCCAAAACUUUGAAACACGUACAUUACUCAGUACAUUUUAUUUUGUUAUGCUAAGAAAUAGUUCCAUGUAUUUCAUAUGAAUAAAUUCCGAGGGUUUAUUCAACAUCGGAAGACCUUUUGCUAGCGUUAAUGGUUCCAAAACUUUGAAACACAUAGCAUGACAAAAUAAAAGGUAGAGAGUUAUGUAAGAAAUAAUAUCCACGUAUUUCAUAUUAAUAAAUUCGGAGGGUUUAUUCAACAUUGGAAGACCUUUUGCGAACGUUAAUGGUUGCAAAAAUUUGAAACAUGUACAUAACUCUGUACCUUUUAUUUUGUUAUGCUAAGAAGUAGUAUCCACGUAAUUCAUAAUAAAUUCAGAGGGUUUAUUCAACAUCGGAAGACCUUUUGCUAGCGUUAAAUUUGAAACGCGUACAUAACUCGGUAUCUUUUAUUUUGUCAUGCUAAAAAGUAGUGUCCACGUAUUUCAUAUUAAUAAAUUCAGAGGGUUUAUUCAACAUCGGAAGAACUUUUGCUGGCGUUAAUGGUUGCAAAACUUUAAAACACAUGCAUGACUCUGUACCUUUUAUUUUGUUAUGCUAAGAAGUAGUAUCCACGUAUUUCAUAUUAAUAAAUUCAGAGGGUUUAUUCAACAUCGGAAGACCUUUUGUUAGCGUUAAUGUUUCCAAAACUUUGAAACACAUAGCAUAACAAAAUAAAAGGUAGAGAGUUAUGUAAGAAGUAGUAUUCAAGUAUUUCUUAUUAAUAAAUUCAGAGGGUUUAUUCAACAUCGGAAGAACUUUUGCUAGCGUUAAUGGUUCCAAAACUUUGAAACACGUACAUUACUCGGUACAUUUUAUUUUGUUAUGCUAAGACAUAGUUCCAUGUAUUUCAUAUGAAUAAAUUCCGAGGGUUUAUUCACCAUUGGAAGACAUUUUGCUCGUGUUAAUGAUUCCAGAACUUUGAAACACAUGGCAUAACAAAAUAAAAGGUAGAGAGUUAUGUAAGAAGUAGUAGCCACGUAUUUCAUAUUAAUAAAUUCAGAGGGUUUAUUCAACAUCGGAAGAACUUUUGCUAGCGUUAAUGGUUCCAAAACUUUGAAACACGUACAUUACUCGGUACAUUUUAUUUUGUUAUGCUAAGAAAUAGUUCCAUGUAUUUCAUAUGAAUAAAUUCUGAGGGUUUAUUCACCAUUGGAAGACAUUUUGCUCGUGUUAGUGAUUCCAGAACUUUGAAACACAUAGCAUAACAAAAUAAAAGAUAGAGAGUUAUGUAAGAAGUAGUAGCCACGUAUUUCAUAUUAAUAAAUUCAGAGGAUUUAUUCAACAUCGGAAGAACUUUUGCUAGUGUUAUUGGUUCCAAGACUUUGAAACGCGUACAUAACUCGGUACCUUUUAUUUUGUUAUGCUAAGAAUUAGUAUUUCCUAUUUGAAAGGGUCUCAUUCAGGUUGUUACCCCCUACGCCGACUCAAUCACGCACAAACUGUCGAUAGUUUUACUCACAUGUUGAGAUUGUGUAUCUCUGGCGAGUAGUCAGUCGGGUGUGGUUUUGUCAAGCCAAACAACACAAGGGAGCGAGCUCAGGUCACAUGGUCCUUUUUCCCAUCCCUGUGUGACCAGAAACAUUUUGACUGACUCCUCCAUCCUUCCCUACCAAAUGUGCCUUGGUCAUUUGUAAAUCUGGAUUUGCUUCCGCAUGCAAGGCUCCCCGUCUUUGCAGCUGGGUUUAUUUAGUCGAGGACUCCCAAAAUCCCACCGUCGCGACGAUGCAAGGUGGGGUUUGUACACAAAAAGAUUUAGCGAGGGUGCGAGUGCGGACGACAGUUAGAAAGUGCACAACACGGCCGGCAAUAAAAAGUGCUAAACUGAUAAGAAUAUGCUUUCUGGAGUUCUGAUUGGGCGUCUUUGUUUAGUGUUUAACAUCUCUCAAUUGUUUUGACAAAUAAAAAU